CCCUCCCUAGAGAAUCGGAAAGAUCUUGUUUCACCUGUUCUCUAUCGAUCAAUCAUCGUGGAGAACAUCGAUUUUACUAAAGACUGUUUUCAUAAUUAUUUUUUGUUUUCAUAAUUAUUCAUUUCGCAGAUGUCUAUCGAUUGAUAUUGGGAUUUCCCAGAAGAUUCCUGAAAUAAGGGAGACCUGGUUUUCUUUCUGAAGAAAAUUUUUGACUGAGAAGAAAGCCACUCUUUUUUUUUGGUCAUUAAUAUAUUUAUAGUUGAUUGAAGCUAUCCUGAGGUGGUUAUCUGUCCUAUUUCCGCUAGCGAGAUUAUAAAUAAUCAAGGGAUUAUCCUGUCUGCAAGAUUACUCACUUCCGUUUUGGAACAAAUCUUUAAAUAUAUCUUCUAUAAAUCUUCAUUCGGUUUUUCAUUCGGAAACCAUUCCGAUAAAUCGUCAGGGGAAAUAGUCUGUUCUUUCGGGAAUGAUCUUUACAAAUAAUCAAAAAUAACCUGAAUUGUUUUCACUCUUGGAAUCGAUCUUUAUAAAUAAGCCGUGAAGGUACACGAAUCUCUCCGGAAACGAUUUUUGUAAGCAAUCCGGGAAAACGCCGAAAUUUUUGCGGAGUCGGCCUUCGUGAAACACCUUGGAGAACUCGGAAUUUUACGAACGAACUGUAACGACCGAGACACGGAGCUUCGCAUAAUCGGCUUAGAACUCCGUUCAUGUCGCAGACUUCGAAGGAGGACGCCGACGCGAUGAAGGCUAAUACCGCGGCGACGAAGAUCCAAGCCAAUUUCCGUGGAUACCGCGUGCGCAAGCAGUUGAAGGAAUCUACGCAGCGCCGUCGUCAACAACAGCAGAAUCAGCAAGACCAGAAGCGGAACCAGCAGCAACAGCAGGAACAUAUGAAGCCGAAGGAGCAUCUGCUGAAGAGACAGAGCACUCAGGAGGCACUCGAGGAAAAAUCGGCGACGAAGAUCCAGGCGGGCAUUCGCGGUUUCCUGGUGCGAAAGAGACAGCAGGCCGUUCAGGCCGCGGCAACGAGGAUCCAAGCCGGCUUCCGUGGCUUCAGGACGCGGAAACUGCUGAAGCAAAAUGGCCAAUAAGCUGUUCUUCCUGGUGUGAGAGACGACGUGGGACGUUGACGUGUGCAAGAGCAUUUUGCGGAUUCCUUUGUUACUCGGACAAGACCUACAAUUGGAUCGGAGGCGAGAAUGGAAAUGAUAAUUUCCAUUAAGUUGAUACAUUGUACGCUCCGUUUGUUUUUGAACUAUAACUUUGUUAAUCCUGUUGGAAGCUCUUGAUCGAUAAUUAACGAAACAUUGCUUUAUGAUAAUAUUUAUCAUUGUUCUUACUUUCUUAUUUCAAUUUUUUCCAUGAUGAUUUUCAUAUGAGAACGAUGGCAAUAAAUAAUAAUGUCGAAGAAAGAAAUAAUGAUCGAAAACAUCGCACCUUGAAGGA